AUGCAGCUACGGCUUGCCUAUGCUGGCCCUACCGGCAUGAUGGUAAGCUGGAAUACACAGGCCAAGCUGGAACAGCCCACCGUACAUUGGGGAACAUCACCACACCGGCUCAACCAUAAGUCGACCUCCAAUGUCUCGGUGACCUACCCGACAUCGAGUACGUAUAACAACCACGUCAAGAUCGAAGGAUUACGACCGAACCAGCUAUACUACUAUCAGCCCAAGCACAUCCAAAGUGGUGAAGUGUACUCGUUCCGCACGAGCAGGCCUGUAAGCAUUUACGAACCAUUCAAGACGGCGGUGGUCGUAGACUUGGGGACGAUGGGCAAAGACGGACUCACCACGCAUGUUGGCGCUGGUGCUGCAAACCCUCUGAAGCCGGGAGAAACUAACACUAUCCAAUCUAUCAAUUCUGCCAAGAACGAUUUCGACUUUUUAUGGCAUGUUGGAGACAUAGCAUAUGCAGACUACUGGUUGAAAGAAGAGAUUCAAGGCUUUUUACCAAAUACCACCAUUGCCGAGGGAGCUGAGGUCUACGAACGCAUUCUCAACGAGUUCUAUACCGAGAUGAGCGCCAUCACCGCAACUAGGCCGUACAUGGUUGGGCCGGGGAAUCAUGAAGCGAACUGCGACAACGGUGGAACCACCGAUUCUGUUCACAAUAUCACAUAUACAGUCGGCAUAUGCAUGCCGGGUCAGACGAAUUUCACCGGCUAUCGAAACCAUUUCCGCAUGCCGUCAACAGAAAGUGGCGGAUUGGGUAACUUUUGGUAUUCGUUCAAUCACGGGAUGGCCCACUUUAUACAACUCGACACGGAGACCGAUCUGGGCCACGGCUAUAUUUCCCCCGACGAGCCUGGCGGUAGCGAAGCAGAAGACUCUGGUCCCUUUGCGAGCUACAUGAACCAACAGACGAAUUGGCUUCAAAAAGAUCUCGCUGCUGUCGACCGCAGAAAAACACCCUGGAUCAUCGUCGGAGGGCAUCGGCCGUGGUACAUUAGCGCUAAGAACAAGUCUUCUACGAUUUGCUUGGAGUGCAAGGAUGUUUUCGAACCGUUAUUUUUGCAAUACUCUGUGGACCUGGUUCUCUCGGGACACGUACACGCUUAUGAGAGGAAUGCGCCGAUGUAUAAUUAUGAGGUUGAUCCUGCCGACUUGAACAACCCGAAAUAUCCAUGGUACAUCACGAACGGUGCGGCUGGCCAUUACGAUGGUCUGGAUAGUUUGACCCGUCCGUUCCAGGGCUACUCGCGCUACGCGCAGGACACGGCAUACGGCUGGAGCCAGCUCACGUUUCAUAAUGCUACACAUCUGACACACGACUUCAUUGCAAGUGGAAAUGGAAGUUUGCUGGAUACUGCCACACUCUACAAAGAGCACAAGACAACAUGUGAGUAG